UCGUCCUGCACACUUUUUCUGCGUAGGAGGGGCCGCAUCUUCACCAAGGGAGAGGGCGAAAGAACCACGUCACUCUUUCAAACUUGAAAAUUGCCCAUAGAACUUCUUAUAACAUCCUUUCUACAAGUUGGAAAAAAGGAUUUUCGAACAUUUCUGUGGCACGCUUGCAAAUGAUGCCAGGAUUUAGACUUAACUUGGCUCCACUAAAGGAACCGCUGGGUUUCAUACGGGUGCUGGAAUGGUUCACAGCUGUUUUUGCCUUUGGAAGUUGUGGUGGCUAUUCUGGCAGAAAUGUCAUCUCCCUGAACUGCACUGAAGGAGCCAACCAGACAUUAACAGCAGCUUUCUCUUAUCCUUUCAGGUUAAACCAGGAGGUUCUUGUGGAGGGCAACACCACACUAUGCAACCGCACAGUGGGAGAGACCCACUUGGUGGGGGACUCGGCAUCCUCCGUGGAGUUCUUUGUGGGAGUGGCCGUGCUGGCGUUCCUCUACUGCAUGCUGGCUCUUCUGGUCUAUCUGGGCUACAUGCACGUCUACAAGGACUCCAACUUUGGGCCCAUGCUGGACUUUGUGGUGACCGCCGCCUUCGCCUUCCUGUGGCUGGUGUGCUCCUCGGCCUGGGCCAGGGGCCUACAGGUGGUCAAAGACGCCACGGGCCCUGCAGGCAUCGAGUCCACCCUGAGUCUGUGCGCCGUGCCGGACGUACGCUGCGAGGUCAGCGAGAUGGCCAACAUGCGCAGCCUGGACAUUUCCGUGGUUUUUGGCUUCCUGAACGUGAUUGUGUGGCUUGGCAACGCUUGGUUUGUGUACAAAGAGACGCAGUGGCACUCCCAAAAGGCCGCUGCACAGCAAGCUUCAGGCCGCAGGUCGGCCCCGGGCCCGGCCCCCAUUUAAACAGCGGCCCCUCCCGCCUCUCACGGCAGCAGCCACGGCCUCUCCUGCUGUCGCCUGAGUCUCCCGAGAAAGCGAAACCUCUCGUUUUUUUCUCUCGUCCUUUUCUGUCCUCCUUUUCAGCUCAUCCCUAGCUAUCUGCCUGAUGCCACCCUGAAGUAGCCUAUAUACCGGGACGUAUUACCUGCUUUUGCUCUUUAAUCACUAAAAGUUUUGUGAGGAUGUUUGUGUUCACCUAUGCAAUUGUGUGCCUUGCACUUAUCGGUGCCAACAGAGCCAGAAGACUAGCUUUGCUUUACAUUUGAUUUCUUGUCCACUUGCUUAUUCAAUGAUAUGUCCCUGAAGCUUUAUAUACAGAUGUGCCUGAUCCAAAGCUUUUCCUCUUGUUUAUGAACCUCUCUGGGGCUCCUUAAGCCCCCCCUAUAGUAAUGGUACUGUUUUAUAAUUAUUAUUUUUUCAAAUGAAUGAGAAAUGUCCUUACACUUGAUUUUGUAUGCAUUAUGUUCUCAUGACGGUUGAUUUUUUUUUUUUUUUGUAUUGUGUUGUGUGCACUAAUUUUACCAUAUGUUUGAAUAUGCUGAAUGUUAAUGCCUGACGGAAGAAUUUACACCUCAAAAUGUGCGUGUUACAAGCUUUAUCAUGUUUUUUUUUAAAAAACGUUGUUUGGUAUAGAUUGGUUCUGUUGUGUGAAAGUGGGUAAUUUUUGACAAUGCAGAAAUGUUUCAUUCCAAGUCCAAAGCUGAAUCUUGAACGUAAUAUGCUGUUAGAGACACGAUUAAGGUGUCUAUGGAUCCUAGCAUAGAGCUAUUUUAUUUUGUCUUGACAGAAAUCCUUUCAAGAGUUAUUAUAUUUUAUGCAGUUAUUUUUAAAUAAAGGCCAAUCCCCAAGGAAAACAAUAAAGAUCUUCCUCCUUCCUUGAACCAGUGUCUGUCAUUGGGAGAUUUUAUCCAAAU